UCCUUCCCAACCACCAUUAGUAGCAGGGGGCAUAGAUGACCGCUGAGCCCUUGGAAGAUCCUGAAGCCAGCAGCAGUUCUACACAUGAUCUUCCCGAGGCCUCCUCGGACAACACAGCUGAUGAAAACUCUGCAGAUUUACCCGGAGAGUCCGAAGGACCAGACUCCCUGCCUGAUGACAUCCCACCAGGAGACAUCGAUGAAGCGCUAGCUGAACAGGAUGUAGAUCAAGCUUCCGAGGCAAAAGCCAUCACCACAGAGCAAGAUGAAGAAGAGCAGGCCUUCAUUCGGACUGAUACCUUCAUGAGACAAGAUGAAGACCAGGUCUCCAAGCAGAUUGCCACCAUCACGGAGAAAAAUGUAGACCAGGUGUCCAUGCAGAUUAACACAGUUACUGAGCAGGAUAAAGACCAGGCCUCCAUACAGACCGCCACCUUGAUGGGACAGGAUAAAGACCAGGCAUCUUUGCAGAUUGCCACUUCUGUGGGACAGAAUAAAGAUCAGCCCUCCAUGCAAAUGGAUACCUCCAUAGGGCAAGAUGUAGAGCCAGCCAUCUCCACGGAUACAGCAACUUCUGCAGUCAAAGAUGAGAGCCCAGAUAUUCCACAUCAGGGCCAGGACAAUCCUGAAGAGACCACAUCUCUGCUACCCCAAGACCCAGGUAUCCUGCAAGUGUUUGUGGGUUUCCAGAACCCAGUGUGGGACAGGCUAACUGAAAACAACCGUACAAGUCGGAGCCGGACGGUUUCCCCGAGUGACUCCCAGACCCAGGAAAAGACACUAGGAAAGCAGAACGUUCCAGAAGAGCAGCCAGAGAUAGUUCCAAAUGCUGACGUGCCAUCUGUCCUGCCUGAUCAUGUUCAGACUUCUGUGGGAGCUACUGACCCACCCCCUUCUGAUACCAAUGAUCCCGACCCAGAACCCACGCCGACCACUAACUCUACCGAGCAGGAAGCUCAAGGGUUCAAAGCCUUGAACCCUGGGAGCAAAGCUAGAUCGCCAGGGCCAACCAGUGAGGAUUCAGCUGCUGACUCGGGAAUCCCACAGGCUCCAUCUGACCCAGGCUCCCCAGGUGGCAGUCCACCCUGCUCUCCAGAUUCCUACCAGGUGGCUCUGGGCAGGAACCUUCUGGACCCCAAUCUCUAUAGGCCUGAUGUGGAGAAUGACUACAUGCGCUCCAUGACCAGCCUGCUGGGUUGUGGCGAGGGCUCCAUCAGCUCCCUCACAGACAUCCUGGUGUGGUCAGACACAGCCACGCGCAUGGGUGUGGCUGUGGGCAUUCUGGCCUCAGGCUGCAGCUCUCCAGCUGACCGGCUACAAGAGGAGGGUCCCCGCCUGCGUACUGUCGCCAGCCUCUUACGCAGCGCCAGGUCAGCUUUCUCCUCUAGGAUGAUGUCUGGAACUGGCUCAGCCCUGUGCUCUGUCACGCACCUGCUGGAGUCUGUGGAAAGACGGACUAUGGAAGGCAUCCGUUCAGCUAUUCGUUACCUGGCCCAUCUCACCUCACGCUGGGCCCGCACUGGCCCCAGUGGUGACUAGAUCAGCAAGCCCCCUACUUCUU